AUGUUAUACAUCCUUCUAAUUGUUGUUAUAUUGUAUUUCUAUUACAUGAGAAAAUUUCAAUAUUUCUCUCAAAGAAACAUCAAACAUGAAUCGCCUGUACCAAUUUUUGGAAAUCAUACAAAAGUCUUUUUUGCAAGGAGAACUAAUAUUGAGACUGCAUGCUAUUUAUAUAAAAAAUAUUCUGACGAAAAAUAUGUGGGAUAUUACAGAGGGACGAAUCCAGAAAUCAUCGUUCGUGAUCCUGAUUUAGUGAAAUAUAUUUUAAGCGAAAAUUUCUUAGUGUUUCCUAAUCGAGGAGUCAAACGUGAUGCAAAAAUUGAGCCCCUCAUGUUAAAUAUGCUCUCAGAAGAAGGCGAUGCAUGGAAGUUACUAAGAACCAACCUCUCGCCAGCAUUUUCAAGCAGUAGAAUAAAAAGCAUGUUUCCUAUUGUAGUAGACUAUGCAGAAAAAUUUGUGAAAAUAGCUCACAAUUUAGCAAUAGAAGAAAAAGAAUUUGAUGCAUAUAUUUUUACUGCACGCUUCACAAUAGAUUUGAUUGGUGCUUGUGGAUUCGGCAUUGACAUGAAUGCCAUAAAUAAUGAGCAGUCUCUCUUUAUUAAACUACGUGACUAUAUGUUUAUUAAGUCUAAAUGGCAAAUGAUUUUGUUUGGAGUAUAUGACCUUUUUCCUCAAUCGCUUAUUAAUAAGGUUUCUUUAAUAAAACCGCAAGUUCGCGAUAUAAUUAUGGAAAUUCUACAUAGCGUUCGUAGUCACCGACAACAUGGUGACACUCAGCAAAACGAUUUUAUCAAUAUUUUACUCGAGUUGGGUGAAGUGGGCAAAUUAACUGGUGACUCUUUAGAAACCGAUGAUACUGGCAAAUAUAAACAGACAGAAAUUGAAUUUGAUAAUAACCGAAUAGCUGCCCAACUGUUUAUAUAUUUUAUAGCUGGCUUUGAAACUUCUUCAACAACAAUGAGUUAUGCCAUGCAUCAACUCGCACACCAUCCUGAAAUACAACAGGAAGUUCAAAAAGAAAUUGAUACAAUACUAGCUAAGUACGAUGGUAGACUUUGCUAUGAAUCAGUAUCGGAAAUGCUUUUCCUAGAAAUGGUAGUAAAAGAAUCACUAAGAUUAUUUCCACCAGCUGGUUUGACGACAAGGGUUUCGCCCAAUGAUUGUACCCUACCGGGAAUAAAUGGAACGAUAAAAACUGGAACAAGAAUAACAAUUCCUAUACACGCACUUCACAUGGAUGAAACGUACUUUGAUAACCCAGAGGAGUUUGACCCGAAGCGUUUUUCGAAUGAAUCUUCGCAACCAAGACACAAAUACGCAUAUAUUCCGUUUGGAGAGGGACCAAGAAAAUGUAUAGGGGCUCGUUUUGGAACAUUAAAUACGAUGGUAGGACUGGCAGCAGUUCUUCAUAAAUACAACAUAAAACCUUCACAGUCAACUCGGAAAAAUAUUCGCCCAAAUCGAGCAGCGUAUCUUAUUCAGUUCAUAGACGGAGGUCUACCCUUAAAACUUACCAUGAGAGAAUAG